CCGCAGCCGGGGCUGUGCACUGGGAAGCCGGUGUCCAAGCUGCCUGCGCUCGCCUCCUCACCGCCAGCCGCUCCUAUUUGCAGUCCGCGGCUCCAGACCGUGACUGCGACCCUGGGCCGGCGCCUUCCGAGGCUGUUCGCUGCACGUGUGAGAGCUGGGCUCGCGAGGAGGGGUGCGCUCCAUACUGUAGAGGACGGCCCAGGAAGGUCGCCCUGGGGCCGGGCUUUGUUGUGCGCGGGCUGUGUCCUACGUCAGUUACACACUGAGUACCGAGCUCGCAGGAGGGGAGAGGGAGUCCUGGUCGAUCUAACAGAGAUUGGAAAGACGCAGGAAGGAGGCAGCCUGGAAUGGAGCCGGGAAGAGUGUGGAAAAGCUUCACGAUUUAGAAAGCACAGUACAGAUGCUUGAUGUCAUUGUGAAGUAGAAGCUGCUUCCUUAGGGAAUGUUCCGAAGGUUUGGCGGACUCAAAUCAGUGUUUAUAUACGUGGUUAUUAGUGCUCAGCCUCUGAGUGCACGGACCCUGAGAUCCAAGCCUUUGAAUCCCUGAAUACACAGAAACUCUCCAGAUGUCUUCCAGUAACGACCAAGUUUUUAUCCCAAUGUCACAAAGAAACAGCAAUGGCCUCACUGGGACAACCCCCAACAACCUGAAGUCGUUUACUGAAGGAGCUGUGUUAAGUUUUCAUAACGUCUGCUAUCGAGUCAAAGUGAAGAGUGGCUUUCUACUUGGUCGAAAAAUAGUUGAGAAAGAAAUACUAAUGAAUGUCAAUGGGAUCAUGAGACCUGGCCUCAACGCCAUUCUGGGACCCACCGGUGGAGGCAAAUCUUCGUGUUUGGCAUUGUGCAAGAUGCUAGUGAUAGAGGAUGAUGUUGUGAUGGGAACUCUGACAGUGAGAGAAAAUUUACAGUUCUCAGCAGCUCUUCGGCUUCCAACAACUAUGACAAAUCAUGAAAAGAAUGAACGGAUCAACAUGGUCAUUCAAGAGUUAGGUCUGGCUAAAGUGGCAGAUUCCAAGGUAAGUGGGAAAACCGGAUGGUAUCACCCCAGGAUGUCUAAACACGGACGAACCAUCAUCAUCUCCAUUCAUCAGCCUCGUUAUUCCAUCUUCAAGCUGUUUGAUAGCCUCACCUUGUUGGCCUCAGGAAGAGUAAUAUUCCAUGGACCUGCUCAGGAGGCUUUGGGCUACUUUGCAUCAGCUGGUCACCAAUGUGAGCCCUAUAAUAACCCUGCAGACUUCUUCCUGGAUGUCAUUAAUGGCGACUCCUCUGCUGUGAUAUUAAACAGAGAGGAUGAAGGUGGUGAAGCCAAGGAGACUGAAGAGCCGUCCACGAGAGAGAAGCCACUUGUAGAAAAAUUAGCGGAGUUUUAUAUCAACUCCACCUUCUUCAGAGAAACAAAAGCUGAAUUAGAUCAACUCUCAGGGGUUCAGAAAAAGAAGAAGAGUGUAGUCUUCAAGGAGCUCACCUAUGCCACCUCCUUCUGUCAUCAACUCAAAUGGAUUUCCAGGCGUUCAUUCAAAAACUUACUGGGUAAUCCCCAGGUCUCCAAAGCUCAGGUAAUUGUAACAAUCUUUCUGGGACUGGUUAUAGGAGCCAUUUUCUAUGAUCUGAAAAGUGACCCUACGGGAAUCCAGAAUAGAAUUGCCACCCUGUCUUCUACAACUAUACUAUUUUGCAUUUCUGCCAGCGUGUAUAAAGGAUUGAAGCCAGCAGUGGAGUCCUUCUUCAUCAUGAUGUUCACUCUUAUGAUGGUGGCUUAUUCGGCCAGUUCUAUGGCACUGGCCUUAGCAGCAGGUCAGAGUGUGGUAUCCAUAGCAACACUUUUGACAACCAUCUCUUUUGUGUUUAUGAUGGUGAGUAGAAACUGUACUCCUCUGAGAAGUAAUUAUUGCCUCUCUUUCCUUCCUGUUAAUUCGGUGUCAUGGAAACCCUGCUUGGAGGAUUCUGUAAAUAGGACUCUUAGUUCUAAGGAAGCCAUAGCUUUGCAGCAUAAUGAAUUUUUGGGACAGAACUUCUGCCCGGGACUCAAUGUAACAGCAAACAAUACCUGUAGCUUUGCAAUAUGUACUGGCGAGGAAUUCUUGAUAAACCAGGGCAUUGACCUUUCACCUUGGGGCCUGUGGAGGAAUCACGUGGCCUUGGCAUGCAUGACUGUUAUCUUCCUUACAAUCGCCUACCUAAAGUUGUUAUUUCUUAAAAAAUUUUCUUAAAUUCCUCUCUAAUUUACAUGAUUUAUCUACACAUUAAAACGGAGCACCUGGAUUUAAGUAUUCAC